UCUCUCCUCCCUCUCUCUCUCUCUCUCUAGCUCCAGCAGCAAUGGCUUCCGCCUCCUCCCUCGCCCUCUCCCAGGCCGUCUUGCCGCGAUCCGCCGCCGCCGUCCCCCAUGGCGCCAGCCCGUCUCCCGCCUCCGACCGCCUCUCCAUCCCCUCCCCCUCCCUCCCCGCCUUCUCCGGCCUCAAGUCCUCCCCCGCCGGUCGCGCCCCCGCCUCCGCCCAGGCCCACCGCCGCCGCCGCCUCGCCCUCGCCACCGCCGCCCGGCCCGUCAGGGCGGCCGCCGCCGUCGAGACCCUCGGCGGCGCCGCCACCGAGGCCGCCCUCAUCGAGAAAUCGGUCAACGCCAUCCGGUUCCUGGCCAUCGACGCCGUCGAGAAGGCGAACUCCGGCCACCCGGGACUGCCCAUGGGUUGCGCCCCGAUGGGCCACAUCCUGUACGACGAGAUCAUGAGGUACAACCCCAAGAACCCCUACUGGUUCAACCGCGAUCGGUUCGUGUUGUCGGCCGGGCACGGUUGCAUGCUGCAGUACGCCCUGUUGCAUCUCGCCGGGUACGACAGCGUCAAGGAGGAGGAUUUGAAGAGUUUCCGUCAGUGGGAAAGCAAGACACCUGGGCAUCCUGAGAACUUUGAGACACCCGGUGUUGAAGUUACGACAGGUCCACUUGGACAAGGAAUUGCCAAUGCUGUUGGUUUAGCUCUUGCGGAGAAGCAUUUGGCUGCUCGUUUCAACAAACCAGACAAUGAAAUUAUUGACCACUACACAUAUGUCGUUCUCGGAGAUGGUUGUCAAAUGGAAGGCAUUGGCAAUGAAGCUUGUUCCCUCGCUGGGCACUGGGGACUUGGGAAGCUGAUUGCCUUCUAUGACGACAACCACAUCUCCAUCGAUGGUAACACGGAGAUUGCAUUCACCGAGAGUGUCGACAAACGUUUUGAGGGUCUAGGUUGGCACGUUAUAUGGGUGAAGAAUGGUAACACUGGUUAUGAUGAAAUUCGUGCUGCCAUCAAGGAAGCAAAGGCUGUUAAAGACAAGCCUACUUUGAUUAAGGUAACUACAACCAUAGGUUAUGGUUCACCGAACAAGGCCAACAGCUACAGUGUACAUGGUAGUGCACUGGGGGCCAAGGAAGUUGAUGCAACUAGGAAGAACCUCGGAUGGCCACAUGAGCCUUUCCAUGUGCCUGAGGAAGUUAAAAAGCACUGGAGUCGCCAUGUUCCUGCUGGUGCUGCUUUUGAAGCUGAAUGGAAUGCAAAAUUCGCUGCAUACGAGAAGAAAUACAAGGAUGAAGCUGCAGAGCUGAAAUCUAUCACUAAGGGCGAGCUACCUGCUGGUUGGGAGAAAGCCCUGCCGACAUACACUCCAGAGAUUCCAGCGGACGCUACCAGAAACCUCUCUCAACAAUGCCUCAAUGCCCUCGCGAAGGUGGUCCCUGGUCUUCUUGGUGGAAGUGCAGAUCUUGCUUCCUCCAACAUGACUCUGCUCAAAAUGUUCGGCAAUUUCCAAAAGGAUACCCCCGAGGAACGUAAUGUUAGAUUUGGUGUUAGGGAGCACGGAAUGGGGGCCAUCUGCAAUGGGAUUGCUCUCCAUAGCCCGGGGCUCAUCCCGUACUGUGCCACCUUCUUUGUCUUCACCGACUACAUGAGGGCCGCGAUGAGAAUCUCUGCGCUCGCUGAAGCUAGAGUCAUCUAUGUCAUGACCCACGAUUCUAUUGGUCUUGGAGAGGAUGGGCCCACGCAUCAGCCAAUUGAGCACUUGGCUAGCUUCCGUGCUAUGCCAAACAUUCUUAUGCUCCGCCCAGCUGAUGGGAAUGAAACUGCCGGUGCAUACAAGGUCGCUGUUCUCAACAGGAAGAGACCUUCUGUCCUCGCUCUCUCCAGGCAAAAGCUUCCCAAUCUUCCUGGUACCUCCAUUGAAGGAGUCGCGAAGGGAGGCUAUGUAAUCUCUGACAAUUCCUCAGGCAACAAGCCAGAUGUUAUUCUGAUUGGAACUGGUUCUGAGUUGGAAAUCGCUGCGAAAGCGGCGGAUGAGCUCCGGAAGGAAGGCAAGGCUGUGAGAGUUGUGUCCUUUGUUUCUUGGGAACUUUUCGACGAGCAAUCUCCCGAGUACAAGGAGAGUGUGUUGCCUUCUGCUGUAUCAGCUAGAGUCAGCAUCGAAGCUGGAACAACUUUUGGGUGGGAAAAGAUCGUUGGAAGCAAAGGUAAGGCUAUCGGAAUUGACAGAUUCGGUGCCAGUGCUCCUGCAGGUAAAAUAUACAAGGAAUUCGGCCUUACUGUGGAGGCGGUCAUUGCUGCAGCCAAGCAAGUGUCUUAGGCUAAGUGGUACUCUGUUUAUCUUGUCAUUUUUUCUUGGGAUUUGAGUUUUGGAGCAGAGCUUAAAUGGAGACGUCACUUAAGAGAUCUUCACGAGGUCUCUUGUGCUUUAAUAAAGGGGAACUAUGAAGUUUUCGACCGCUUGAAUUUCCUCAAUGCAGCAAAACGUAGAUUCAGAAUGGAGCAGAUUGAGUAACAUUGCAUUUGUAUAAACACUUGGAGCUUCUACUUCUUGAGAUUUGUAUUGACUUGUGGCUGAAUCACAUGAAGCACAUUUAUACUCCA